UUCUUACGUACACCGAUCCGUCCUUUGGGGUUUGGGUGGGUAGGUGGGUGUGCCGGUGAUUUCGGCCUUCCGCCACCAAAUCCCGACUCGUCUACUCCCACAGUCCCUCUCGCUCACUCCCCGUCGCCACCUUGAGCGGCCAACACCCGGCCAUCGUCCUCGUCCAUCCUCCCCCCUCAAAACGGAACGCUUCGUCUCUCUCUCUCUCUCUCGUCACUCUCUCUCUCUCUCUUCCUGUCGACGUAGAACGGACCGCCCUAACCUUGAGGCCCUUCCCCCUCUUGCUCCGCUGCUACAGAGACCUGACCUUUCAAGUUUUAAGAAGAAAAAAAUUCCAGCAAGCAUGAUGAUAGAAUUAUAGUUUGUCGAAAUAUUUAUUGAAUAUCCAUUGGAUGGCUAUUCCAUUUGCACAAAGAAAGUCAUGGUAUGCAGUCAAAGCUAAGAUGACAUAAUUCAUUUGAUGGAAAUAAAGGACUGGUCUUUAGCUCUAGGACCUUCAUGAUGACAUUAGUGUGACUUCAUCAUCAUCAUCCUUCAACAACUACAUCAUCAGGUGGUUGCUACAUUCAAUUUCUUGAAAGUGUUAAGUUUGAUUUGGUAUUCUCAUAAAGUUAAGGUGAGUAACAAUUAACAUGCAUAACUCUUGGACUUCUCAUACUCUUAAUGCUUCCUCAUUUGGUUGCUUUUCAGGCUUUUGGUUUCUAGAUCCAAUUUAUUUCAUGUGUAUGAAAGAGUUUCUUUCUUAAUUGCCUCUCAGUAGUUUUCAUGUUUCAAUGUGAAUACAAGGUGUGGAUCAACAUGAAUUGUUUUGCUAGCAAGUUGUACUUCCAAUGAAAUCCUGCGGGGCUAGAAAAGACUGAGUAGGGAACUAAAAAAUUUAGAGCGCAGAUUAAACAAGAAAGAAAGAGGAACAUCAUGAAUAUGUGCAGCAAACCGGAGGAGGUGAUGAAGCUCCCAAGCCACCAUUUCAUCAAGGUUUUCCUCCCUGAUCUGACCUCCCAACACCUGAAAAUCCCACCAGCUUUUCGAGUGCAUUUAAGGAACAAAUCACUUAGGAUGGUUUCUUUAAGAGGUCCCAGUGGCAAUGUGUGGGAUGUGGAACUGGUUGAUAGCUCAAACGGGCUUCGCUUUGAGAGUGGAUGGAAGGAGUUUGUCACAGACCAUGCCAUCGAGACUGGUGACAUUUUGGUGUUUCGGUUUGAUGGAUGCUCUUGCUUCUCAGUCUUGGUCUUUGAUGCAACUGCAUGUGAAAAGGAGGUGGCUUUUCUUGCCAGGCCUCAUGCUCAAAAUGUUGCUGAUGUUAACGAGCCAAGACCCGCUGAAGAGAUGGCUAUUGUUCCUAGAACUUCCCAGCAGGAAGUUGACAUUAUUUGUGUGAAGGAGGAAGAAGGGGAGGCAACAGCCUUAAAUACACAGAUUUUUUCACAAAAUAAUGGUCCAGGUAUUGAUAAAAAGAGAAAGAUGAGAAGUAUUAAUUGCCUUCAAGAACCUAAGUCAAAGGAGAUAUUCUAUUCUGGUAAUUUGGCAUCUAGAAGAUCGAUGAAAAGCCCAGAUGCUGAAACAAUUGCUAAAACAAUUAUUUCUUCUCAAUAUUCUACAUCAAAAUCGUCAAUUGAAGAGUGCUUGCAAUUACGGAAGCCUAAUAAAGUUCGUCGACGAGGAGAACUUGUGGCAAAGGUGCAAAAAAUGCCUCCUCUUUCUUCACAACGGAGACCUGUGACUAAAGAAGAAGUGGACAAGGCUCUUUGCAAAGCAAAAUCUUUUAUGUCAAAGAAUCCCUUUUUCCUAAUCGUGAUGCAGGAUUCCUAUGUUUACUCAAGUUUUUUUAUGAAUGUUCCUGGCUCUUUCGCACAACCACAUCUACCAAGAAUAUCUCAGGUUCUUACAUUGUGGGAUGAGAAUGACGAGCGAUGGGCUGUGACCUAUGUUUAUUAUGGCAAUCGCGGCGCUUUGAGUGGCGGUUGGGGGGCCUUUGCUAAAGCUCAUAAUCUGGAGAAGUUUGACGUGUGCAUCUUCGAGCUAAUUAAGAAACAACAUUUGAAGGUUCACAUUUUCAGAGUAGUGGAUGAAAUUACUUCCUUGCUCCCUAAUUCUAAUGGGAAAAGUUAACAGAUUGUGCUUUUUUUUUUUUUUCAAGAACUGUGUAGCUUCCAUCCUGGUGUUAUUGUACGAAGAUCGAUAACAAUUGAGCCUUUUACUGAUUUUAGUA